AUGAUGCUGUCCUUAUAUUCAUCACUAGUAAGCAAGAAGAAGUAACCAAGAAAGUGCGUUCUGUCUCCUUGCUUCACAGAACUGCAUGCGCCCUCUCUUUUUCUCAGAACCUUCAUUUUUUUCUUUUUCUCUUCAAUUUUUUAUUCUGGUCACUUUCCUGGCAUGGAAAUGAGUGGCAGCGGCAGCAGCAAGAAGAGGAAGCUAAUUUGCCGCCAAGAGGAGGACGAGGCCCAGAUGGAAACGUUCUUCGCUUUGGUGAGAAACAUCCGCGAGACACGUGAUCGAUGGAUGGGUUUGAAGUCGGGUGACAGAAGGAGCAAGAGGAAGGAAGAAAAUAAUAUGGUUGGGAUUUGGAAGCCAACGUUUCAGGUUGAGGAUUUCGCUGAUGAGGAAGCUCGGCAACGAAAAUCUCAGAGGGAAAACUGUGAAAAGAAAGAGGCUGCAGAAAAGGGUAUUGAUCUGAGUCUUUCGCUUUGAGAACGUUCUCUUCAUGUUACCAUGGCUAGGUCUAGCUGCUGAAUCUGUAGUCGGAAACCUAUAAAGGACUGUCUUAUCUCUCUAACCCGAUUGCUAGCUUUUUGCUUUUAAGGCUUGUAAGUCUCUCUUCUACUGUAUUUUCAACUUAGCUACUCAAAUAAUAAUAAUUCUGCCUUUUCACUUCCAUCAAUGGCCGUGCUUGGAAAACAG